AGCAGUUACCUUCACAGAUUUAAUUGAAUAAAGAAAACAGGCGACAAUAAAUUACAAUUGAUCAGCAAGCACUUUAACAGCUGGACACACAAGCAGGCCAUCAGAAGGAUGGCCAAAGAAAGAAAGAUGAUGCUGUUAUUUCUGCUGUUAGCAGCUUCUGGAGGUGCUGUUAGUAGCAAAUGGACGGCCAGUGUUGUGGGGAAAAUUGACGCCCUGGUAUCUUCCUGUGUGGUUUUACCAUGUUCAUUCAGCCAUCCUAAAGAACAGCUCCCCACCUCUAGACUCAGAGGGAUAUGGCAUCGCCCAGGUCAAGGCGACCAACGCUUCUACCACCAGGACAGGACCAAGAUAUUAGAAAACUUUAGAGAUCGCACCCAGCUGUUGGGACAUUUGGGGCAGGGUAACUGCAGCUUGGAAAUCACUCAAAUCAAAGACUCCGACAACGGGCCUUUCUGUUUCCGCAUUGAACUUGCACGGACAGAAGACGACACGGACACCCCUGACAAAUUCUCCUUUGACAAGGAUUGCGUGACCUUGAAAAUGCUCUCUGAGCCUCCAAAACCCACUUUGAUUCAUGGGAGCACGGCCAUCCAAGGUCAUUCCUACAUUGUCAGCUGUUCAGUGAGUCAUACGUGCCCCACCCAUGUACCCACACUCACGUGGAACAGGGGCGCCUCUCGCGAUGUCAUGACCAUACACAAAGAAGUUCACGCCGGUUUUUGGGAGGUUCAGUCCAUCCUGACUAUUGUUCCCAAGGCCACGGACGACCAUGCUGAGGUUACUUGCACUGCCAUGUUUUAUGGACAGACAACAUCCUCGAAAACGUUCACUCUCUUUGUAAAACGCAAAGAAAGCCAUCACCACAUCAUCAUUCCUACAGUAGUGGCAGUUGGGACCACUGUGAUCUUUGGAGGCAUCUGCAUGCUGAUGGCGAAAAAAUAUAAGAGACGCAUUUCAGAACUUCAACAUCAGGACAGCCGACUGUCCAGGUUUUCCGGCAGGAGGCCAAGAGAAGAAAUUGUGGCUCUGAAUCACUUGCCCAGUAGUUCCAAAUCUGCUGCUGGACCGAAGUUCUGCAAACCUUUUGUACCAUCUCCUAAAAGCCAGCCCAAAUCCUACAAUUACAAAGAGGACCUGACUGAUGCUGACGACUAUGAAAAUACAGCAGACCUCAACGUGUAUGGGAACUGCUGAAGACUCAACAAGUCCUAAUUCGUGACCAUAGACACGCACAGUAUGUAGUACUUGCUUUGUGUCCUAUCAAUUUAAUAUAGAAGUGAUACAAAUGCUUCUGUUUUUGCAAAACAAAAAGCGAUGAGCUCAAAUAAAAGUCGCUGAUGAGAAAGGAAGCAAAUAGGAACUGAGAAUGAGGUGUUUAAAAAGUCUAUUCACAAUCAAAACAGGAAGAACAAAAUGUGACACAUUGUUGGAAUUGUAAAUAUGUCAGGGUGCUAUUUUAUUUCAAAACUAAAGUUAGGUUGAGAUGCUACCAUUAUAUCUGUCACACGUUUGUACACUUGAAAGCGGGUCCAAAGGAAGUGGCAUGUCUGGGUUUUGCUUUCUCUUUCUCCAACAGAAAGGAAAAGCAAUAGAGGCUGGGUUUUUUUUGGGUUUUUUUGUGACCCUCGGCACAUUUUAAAAAUACAGUUAAACAGGAAAACAAAAAAACCCAGCAAAAAUGGAAAAAAAGAGCAGUCAUUUUCCGAGAAUAGACAAACUAUAAGCAGAAUACAGUCAUAAUGUUAAGAGAAAAAAUAGCAUCAAAUUUGAAGAUUAAAGGAUAAAAAUGUGAUAAUUUUUUUUUUUAACAGCGCUAAUAUUAUGAGAAACAAACAAAACAAACAAAGUUGCAAUUUUAGGGAAAUUAGGCUGGGUAAAACUUUUACAAUAAUAAAGCCAUCCGUCCAUCCAUCCAUUUUCUAUGCUGAUUAUCCUCAUUAGGGUCGAGGGGGUAUGCUGGAGCCUAUCCCAGCUGACUUCGGGCGAGAGGCGGGGUACACCCUGGACUGGUCGCCAGCCAAUCGCAGGGCACAUAUAGACAAACAACCAUUCACACUCACAUUCAUACCUAUGGACAAUUUAGAGUCUCCAAUUAACCUAACAUGCAUGUUUUUGGAAUGUGGGAGGAAACCAGAGUACCCGGAGAAAACCCACGCACGCACGGGGAGAACAUGCAAACUCCACAAUAACAAGGCCAAAAUAUGAAAACAAAGGCAUAAUAUUAGAAGAAAAAAUGUGCAAGAUUUAAGCUGAAAUACUUGUGAAAAUAAAAUGAGGGAAAAAUUAGUAAAAAGUGUAAGGUAAGGUAAGAAGCUCUUUUUUUCUUUCAAUAUAAAAACAUCUUUGCAUAUUACAUGGGAUGCUUUAGAAAAUGGAAAAGUAGCCCUGCAUCCUUUCAUACAUUCAGUGUGGUGCCUACGUCGAUGUGUGUGGGGUUAAUGUAACAUCACCAAAGAGAGCAGCGUUGCGGCCACUAGGAGGAGACCAGCAGCUCUUUGUGUGUUACCACUGUUGCAGUAGUCGCCCUCACAGCAGCUGACUUGCGCUCCUAUGAGUGCUGCCAGUUGUUGCGUAUUAGAGCACAUUUGCUUGGAGGCACAACCCCUCAUGGUUCUGCUCUGGCCCUUGACGUCCACUGAGAAAGAAGGUGAGCUCAGUUGAAACGUGUGGCUUUUCCUUAAGAGUGCAGGUGAGCUUGGUAGGUCACUUACCAAUCGCUGUGACGCAGUAAUGCUCGUUGCCUUGACAGUCUAGAGAGGUGGUGCACUGCAGCCCGUUGCAACUGAAGCAUUUUUUACCAUUGGGCCUGGACUUGCUGAUAUCUGUAAAACACAAUCAACCGGUUAUCUCCAACGCAGAGAUUAUUAAACUAUUACAUUAGGCAUACAGCAGUGCAAACUCAGGGAUAUCUUGCAGAGGGGACAGACAACUUCUGAGUGAGAGCAGAGCAUGGGUUGAUGCCUUCAAAGUCAGGGUAUUUGCAGUCUAACAAAUGCUUGUUGGGCACCAACAAGGUCAACACAAGGAAAGCUUAGGGAACGCCCAGACCACCAUCUUUCAUUUCUUUCUCUACUUACAGUUAAACUUCAUUAAAAACUGAGCAA